AUGUGGACUACUAAGACAUUUCUAACUAAAACAAAACGCGGCAACGUUUUAAAAAUAGUAAGAGAGCAUUAUUUGCGAGAUGAUUUAUUAUGUGGUUCUGCGGCGUGUAACUUGUGUCCACAUAAAGAUGAUGAAUUCGUGUUAGACGAUAAACCGAAAUCAGUUUGCUCUUUAUUUGACUAUAAUCACUAUUUAAUCUUGGAUACAAAUGUAGUAUUACAUCAGAUAGACGUUCUGGAAGAAGAUGCAUUAAAAAAUGUUAUUAUCUUACAAACCGUACUUGAAGAGGUUAAACACCAGAAUACAGCUAUUUUUCAAAGACUUCUGGAGAUAAUUGGAAAUAAAAAAAGAAAAUUUCACUCAUUUGUAAAUGAGCAUCAUAAAGAUACUUAUGUGGAGCGUAAGCCAGGAGAAAAGCAGAAUGACCGUAAUGAUAGAGCUAUUCGUAAGGCAGCUGCAUGGUAUGCUUCGCAUGUAUCUAUCAACAAUGUGGCAGGACAGUUUCCACAAAUUGUUCUUCUUACAGAUGAUGAGAAUAAUAGAAAAAUUGCUCAAGAAGAAGGCAUUGUGUGUUGUUCUGUAAAAGAUUAUAUAGAAAAUGUUACUGACUUUCCUGGACUUUCUGAUAAACUUUCUAAGAAUGUGAUACCAGAGAGUUGUACAAAAGAUGCCUUAUAUCCUGCACAUUUAACUCCCAUUCAAAUCCAUAGCGGAAUUAGAAAUGGAAAAUUACAUCAAGGCACAUUUCAUGCUUCUAGAGAUAACUUUUUGGAAGGAAAUGCAAGUAUCAAUGGAUAUGAGAAACCUAUUUUACUCCAAGGACAUAUAGGUAUCAACAGAGCAAUAGAUGGAGAUAUUGUAGCCAUUGAAAUAUUACCAGAAGAAGAAUGGAGAAAGCCCAGUGAUAUUGUUUUAGAAGAUAAAGCAGAAGAUCCUGGUGAUUUUUUGGAAGAGGAGUCCCAAUUGCUUAACACAAAACCCAGUGUUCCUGAUGAGGACAUCUCACCAACUGGAAAAGUGGUAGGGAUUAUAAGAAGAAAAUGGAGGCAAUACUGUGGAAUUUUAAUGCCUAGCAAGUUUCCCGGAGCAACACGUCAUCUGUUCACGCCGGCGGAGAAGAGAGUACCGCGGGUUCGAAUAGAAACACGUCAAAGUGAUAUUCUCGCUUCACAACGUAUUCUAGUCGCCCUAGACUCAUGGCCAAGAAAUAGCAGAUACCCUUUGGGACAUUUCGUUAGAUCUUUGGGACCUAUUGGCGACAAAGACGCAGAAAACGAAGUGAUUUUGCUCGAACAUGACGUACCGCACGCGCGCUUCAGUGAGGCGGUGCUCGCCUGCUUGCCGCCCGACGCCUGGACUAUACCCGAAGAGGAGAUAAAAAAACGUGUAGAUCUAAGAUCUAUAUGCGUUUGCUCGGUCGACCCGCCAGGUUGUACGGACAUAGACGACGCUCUGCACGCCAGACCCAUGGCCACCACCGACGGGCUCACCACCUACGAUGUGGGAGUGCAUAUAGCAGAUGUCACACACUUUGUAAGACCAAACACUGCGUUGGAUAAGGAGGCUGCAUCUCGGUCCACUACUGUGUAUCUGGUUGAUAAGAGGAUUGAUAUGGUGCCAGACUUGCUCAGUUCAAAUCUAUGUUCUUUAAGAGGCGGUGAAGAAAGAUUAGCAUUUUCAUGCGUAUGGGAGAUUGAUGAGAAUGCCAAUAUUCUUUCUACAAAGUUCCAUAAAAGUGUUAUAAAGUCUCGAGCCGCCAUGACAUACGAAGAAGCACAAAUAGCCAUAGAUGAUCCAUCAAGAAAUGACGAUGUCGCGUCGUCGUUACGUGUUCUAAACGCCCUUGCGAAAAAAUUGAAGCAAAAAAGGCUCGAUAAUGGUGCUUUGUUAUUGGCUUCGCCUGAAAUUCGUUUUCAAGUGGACUCAGAAACUCACGAUCCAAUAGAAGUGCAAGCAAAGAAAGUAGUGGACACCAACUCGAUGGUGGAGGAGUUCAUGUUGCUCGCGAACGUGAGCGUGGCGGAGCGCCUCGCGGCCGCGUUCCCGCAGUGCGCGCUGCUGCGCCGCCACCCCGCGCCGCCGCCCGCCAACUUCCACACCUUCCUCAAGGCCGCGAGGCAGCAGGGAUUCGAGCUCGACGUAUCAACAAACAAGUCCUUCUCCAAGUCCCUCAACGAGGCAGUGAUACCGGACCGGCCGUUCUUCAACACACUCCUGCGCAUAAUGGCGACGCGUUGUAUGCAGCAGGCCAUUUAUUUCUCAAGUGGCACAAAAACUCAAGAUGAAUUCUAUCAUUACGGACUCGCGUGUCCCAUUUAUACGCAUUUCACAUCUCCUAUAAGAAGAUAUGCAGACGUGAUAGUGCACCGCCUGCUGGCCGCGAGCAUAGGCGCGGACGUGACGCACGCCUCCCUCCUCGACACGAAGCACGCGGACGCGCUCUGCGAGAACCUGAACUACCGCCACAGGCAGGCCCAGUACGCGGGACGGGCCUCCGUGGCGCUUAACACGCAUAUUUUGUUCAAAAAUCGAGAAGAAAUUGAGGCAGCCGUCGUGUUGGCUGUAAAGCGAAAUGCGUUGCAAGUGCUUAUUCCAAAAUACGGGCUUGAAGGACCAUUAUAUCUGCCAUCGGACAAGUUUACGUAUAAUGAAGAGGAACAUGUUCAAGUAUGCAACGGGACUACACUAAAGACAUUUGAUGAACUAACAGUGAGACUUACACUCGACAGUUCGAAUUUACAACACAGAAAACUUGUCUUUCAAUUAGUGACGCCAUAUAUACCUGGGGUCAGCUACGAACCAGCAAACAAAAUGGAUGUCGACACAGAUGAAAUGAAGUCCGUCGAGAAAAAUGAGAAAAAAAGAAAAGAAACGAGUAAUAUUAGGACAAAAAAGAAAUCUAAGAAAACAAUG